AUGCUGGAAAAUCGGGCAAGUUGCCCAAGUCCGCCUUAUGCUUGGGGGUCACCGGCGACUACAAAUUGUUAUUCCUCGUCACCAAGUCCUAAUUGCGGCAACGUAACGAGCUUCGGCGUGUCCGCAUCGGAUAAGCAGCUGAUCGUGAGUGUUCACAACAGCUGGAGGGCACGAGUUGCAUCUGGCCAGGAAACGAAGGGAAAGCCUGGGCCUCAGCCCAAAGCCUCCAACAUGCGACGAAUGGUAUGGGACAACAAGCUUGCGGCAACGGCGCAAGGCCUAGCCAACACGUGCAACUUUAAUCACGACGACCCAAAUUGCCGCACCUACGGCACUUCGUUCCAGCCUGUUGGUCAAAACCUCUAUAUGAGUUGGGGGUGCAACGGGUUAAAGCCAAAUUGGACUGCUGCUGUACAGGCCUGGUAUAACGAGGUCGCCCUCUUUUCGAACUCCUCCGUAUCACCUUUCAAGCUUACGAUGGACACGGGACACUACACGCAGGUGGUGUGGGCAGACACGUAUGCCGUGGGAUAUUGUGUGGACCAGUUUACGAUGGACACGGGACACUACACACAGGUGGUGUGGGCAGACACGUAUGCCGUGGGAAACGGCCAAGUUGCCUACAAAGGAGAGUACCAAAUCUACGCGUGCAACUACGGCCCGGCUGGAAACUACAUUGGGUUAACAAUGUACGGUGUUGGGGCUCCGUGCUCUUGCUGCAAGUCCACCUGCUCCAUUGGUGUCCUCUGUGACUGAUUCUUUUAUUGCUUCCUGGCAAGCAUUCGUAUGUCUUGUACGAGGAUAGAAGAAAUGCAUUUGAUCCAUUG